AGAGGUGGAUAUUUUAGUUUAUAAAUUGUUUAAAUUUAUGAGGUUGAUUAAUAAAUGUAACCGUAAAAAUUUAACUACAAAUCCAUUUUCUUACAAAUACAAAAAAUUGUGCCACUGAGUGUACUCUCGCUCAUCUGUCCUUGUCCCACAUAGUUCUGUGUCGCUUCCUCGUCUGCGCAUCUUGCGACUCAAGCUAGAACAAAUAAAAUGGAAACGACGGAAAACAAGCAAAAACUGGUUAAAAUCCCACCCGAUGGAGGUUAUGGUUGGAUCAUAGUAWUCGCCAACGCUUUAAGCAACUUCAUUACAGUACCUCUGAUUCAUUGUUUCGGCCUUAUSUUCAAAGAUACAUUCAUCGAACUCGGCUUAUCAGCGACUCAAGGYUCAUUAAUCAUUAAUUUGAAUGGAGCUUUCGGAAUGAUGACUGGACUUAUCAAUGGUGUACUACUUAAAGUUUACGGGUGCAGAAAAGUUGCUUUUCUUGCCGCAUUUUUACUUACAGGAGGAGUUGUACUUACCUCAUUUUCCAAGAGUUUUGUUCACUUUGUUGUGUCUUACGGGCUCAUAACUUCUUUGGGGAUGGGUAUGUGCCAAUCAGCGUAUGGACUAGCYCUGAAUAUGUACUUUAAARAAAAAAGAAACGUUGCGAUGGGUUUUGCGGUUACUAUAACCGGCUUAGGACCUAUAAUAAUCCCUCAAUUAAUCGUUUUGAUGACACAAAAUGUUACUCUCAUUUUCGGCGSUGUUUGUGCCCAUGUUUUCAUCGCGGCGAUGUUACUACAACCGGUUGAGUGGCAUAUGAAAACCGAGRAACAAACAAUCGAGCAAUUACUCCCAGAAGUAGUAACAAAAACCGAAGAAACAGUUUGUGGACGACUCUUCAAAAACAUAGUUAAAAUGUUCGAUUUGGACUUACUCAAAGACCCGAUUUUCGUCAAUAUUAUGAUGGGCAUGGCUUUGGCCAUUUUCGCCGAAUUAAAUUUCACCGUUUUGACACCGUUCAUGUUACAAGAAUUCGGUUUGGAUACGGCACAAACCGCAACUUUUCUUUCAACACUUGGAAUCACGGAUAUCAUUUUCCGGUUUUUUGCCCCUUACAUCGGGAAUUUUUUCACAAAACCACCACGACUCAUGUAUGCAUACAGUCUCAUUCUUCUAAUUAUCACCCGAUUCACUUUUCUCAUGUCGAACGACUUUUACCUCCUGCUAGUUAUAGCUCUAGGUCUMGGAAUUGCAAAAGGAAUAAGAAAAGUCUACAUGGGAUUAGUGAUCCCUGCUCAUGUUCCUAUCGAAAAACUAGCCUCUGCUAACGGAAUGGAAAUGAUGAUGAACGGAUUUUGUAUAAWAAUUGGUGGUUUAGUUUUAGGUUUAGUUCGCGAUGUWACGGGUAGUUACAGACUUUGUGUCGUCAUAAUGAACUGUGUUACCUUUACAACGAUCUUAAUGUGGUCACUUGAAGCCUUGAUUGGCAAAUGUAGGAAAAAGGAAAAGGUGUUUGACCAUGGGAUUCCUUUACAACAAGUCAAUUCAAAAACCUAAUUUUAUUUAUAAAUCAUACUGUAUAUUUUUUGUUAAAUAAAAUAAUUAUC